AACAGUUUAGAAGCCACAGGACGUUUUUCAAGCAUUAUUUUGUUUUAGUUUAAUUUAGUAGCUAGCUAGCUAGUUGUUUAGUUCUUAACAACUCACUGAAAUAGCACACUUCGUUGGUAAGAGGCACAAUUGAUAUUUGUAACGAUAAGAAUAACAUAUAUUUAGGCAACAAACUUGAGACUGAUUUAGCAGAGUUGGGUAAAUUAAUCUAGCUAGCUAGCCUAUCAAGCUGUGUUUAGCUAUAGCUACGUAUCUGUCAAAAUGGUCAUUGAGUGAAGAGUAUUAAUGGACAGAUCAUACCUCAUCAAUUUGUGGAUAAAAUAUACAUAUAUAAGUUAUAUUCUGAUAUGCAGGAAGAAAGCUAUUUAGUACAGCAUAUAGUUUAAAAAAUCCAGUUAGCUAGCUAACGUAAUGAAUGACUUACACAUACACAAUAUCAUAUUAUUGUAUAGCACUGACAUAUGCUAAUAGACGGCAGGUAGCUUAGUGGUUAAGAGCGUUGUGCCAGUAACCGAAAGGUCGCUGGUUCUAAUCCCCGAGCCGACUAGGUGAAAUAUCUGUCGAUGUGCCCUUGAGCAAGGCACUUAACCCUAGUCGCUCUGGAUAAGAGCGUCUGCUAAAUGACUCAAAAUGUAAAAAUAUACACAAUAUCAUAUUAUUGUAUUGCUAUGCAGUCUUUUCAGUGUCACAUGCUAACAGGUGUUAUUCACAGGUCUUCUACCCUAGAGAAAUCCUGAUUGCCAAGCAAUGAUUCAGGUAGAGGCAGGAGUCUACAUCGGGGCAGCAUCUGACCUCAAAGAUGCCCAAGACCUGACCAAUGCUGGCAUCACCCACAUUCUCACAGUGGACUCCGAGCAGCCAGCUUCACCUGAUGGGUCAUUUAGGAUGAAGUAUGUAUAUUCUCUGGACGAGUCCUCCACAGACCUACUCAGCCACUUUGACGACUGCAUACGCUUCAUAUGCGAGGCGUCAAAAUCUGUCCUUGUGCAUUGGUGAGUGAGGCCUAUCUAAUCCUGAGCAAUUUAAUGCAUAUCAUGAUGAUAGCCUCACAUGCAUUUGACAUGCAAUGCUGUGUUUGUGUUUUAGCCACGUAGGGCAAAGUCGGAGUGCGGCGGUGGUCACUGCUUACUUGAUGAAAUGUCAUAAAAUGAACUUGAUGGAUGCAUACGCCAAACUCCAGCAACUUAAACCUGAUGUAAAGUAAGCAAAAAAGCUGUGAUUUUAUUGUACCAUUCAAUAGCAGGGUCUGCUUUGUUCAAGUUUAUUAUGGACACUUUGUUACUCAAAGGAAGUACUGUUGUCUUGGUCAACUGUAAAACAUAUUUAAUUAAUGUUUAGGAUGAAUGAGGGGUUUAUGGACCAGUUAGCACUAUAUGAGUCAUUGGGUUGUGAAGUAGAUGUCACCAGCCCCCAGUACAAGCAGUACAGACUCCAGAAACUCACAGAGAAAUACCCAGGUAUGUCCUGAUUUUUUUCUCACCUCUUCAUCAUUUCUGUAAUUUACAUUUAGCAUAUUUUUCACCUAGUCGGCUCAGGGAAUCGAACCAGCGACCUUUCGGUUACUGGCCCAACGCUCUUAACCAAUAGGCUAACCUUUAUUUUUCUUCAUCUUCCUGUUCCAUGACUACUGUAGUUUAUUUGACUGUACCAGGGGACAUUACUCUUGUUAACCUAAUUGAAACGUUCAUCCAGCUCUGUUUUGCAGAGAUCCUCUCUUAAGACUGUUGUUUAUCCUUGACGCAGAGUUUCAGAAUGUCCCAAAGGAGUUGUUUGCAGUGGACCCUUCCCUAAGCACCUGUUCUGAAGUGGUAUACAGGUGUAAAAAGUGUCGGUAAGGGAACUGAAUGAAUGAAUGAAGAAUACACACACCCUACUGUUUCAGAUGCUGAACAGAGACUGAAGUGAGAGUGAAAAAUAAAGGCUGUCAGCAAGCAACACAAAUGUUCUCCAUGUUCACCCUUUGGUGUUACCCCCUCUGUCUUCCUCUCUAGACGGACGCUGUUCCGCGCUUCCAGUAUCCUCAGUCACACUAUUGGCAAUGGGCCGACUGCGUUUGCCUAUAAGAAGAUGAGUAACCUACCGAGUGGGGACCAGACCCAGUGUACCUCCUACUUCACUGAGCCUGUCCAGUGGAUGGAACAUGCCUUGUUAGGGGUGAUGGAUGGACAGGUAAAAAUGACAAUUCGCUUUUAGAUGAAAUAGUCAUACUUUGUUAAUACUGGCAUGGAAUAUUCAGACAUUUUGUUCAGUUUAAGUCAGUUUUAGUCAUUGUUCAGUGUAAAAUUUGUUUUUUCCAGCUCUUGUGCCCAAAGUGUAGCUCCAAGCUGGGCUCGUUCAGCUGGUGUGGGGAGCAGUGUUCCUGUGGUCGAUGGGUGACUCCAGCCUUCCAGAUGCAUAAAAACAGAGUGGAUGAAAUCAAACACAUCAGUAUAGCCACACUCAAAUCAUGA